AUGAGGGAAGAUAUACAAUGUCUUCGUGGAAUCGCUAUUAUAUUUGUGCUACUAUUUCACCUAUGCCCAAAUUUAUUUGUGAAUGGAUUUCUGGGAGUUGAUAUAUUCUUUGUGAUAUCCGGAUUCCUAAUGGCUAAAAACUUGACAAAGGCAAAGCUAGUAAAAAUUCAUGAUUUUUUGUUGUUUUAUUAUAUGAGAUUCCGAAGAAUUCUUCCAAUGUACUUCUUGGCUGUCUUCAUGACAGUUGUGAUGGUUCAUUUAUUUUUGGGGGAUUUUUUAUGGAAGAAUAAUAAUAGAUACUCGUUGGCCUCCCUGUUAAUGGUCACUAAUCAACUGGUUAUUCAUGAUCAGGCGGAUUAUUUUAAUGAGUUUUUUGCUUCCACGUCCUCCAUAAACGGAUUCCUCCACCUAUGGUCAUUAUCCCUUGAGAUGCAAUUCUAUCUAUUCGUUCCUAUCAUUUUCUUCGGGCUUCAAUUUCUCAAGCACGAUUAUUUGAAGCUUAUCACAGUAUCCCUCAUAACUAUAUUCGGUUACAUCGCCUUUGCAAUGAUCCUCGACAAGUUCGCCUUCAACUUCAUGUUCCUCCGGUUGUGGCAGUUUUCUGCGGGAUUCAUGGCUUUGUUCUGGAGCAAGAUUCAGAAUAGUAAAGAGCUCCCGAAAAAGUCGGAUACAGAAUCGGAAUCUCCAUCAUCGAAAUGUCCAUUCACUAAAAACGACAUUGUGACUAUUUCCCUAUGUAUUCUAAGCCUGUGUUUAUUACCUAGGGAAGUCGAAGUACUGGUUCUUAGACCAGUAGUCACGUUAGCUACCGCUCUGAUUAUUGCAAGUGAAUCUCAGGGUUUUCAGAUUUUAAAAUCCGACACCCUCUGCUAUAUCGGAGACAUUUCCUAUGUGAUGUACUUGGUUCACUGGCCUGUCAUUUCAAUUUUCUUAGCUUCUACUGUCAAAAGUUAUAUAUUUUGUAUUUUAACCAUAUUCAUCGCCUCAAUUCUUCUUCAUCAUCUUUUCGAGAAACAAUAUUUAAAGCUUAACAUGAAGGGAGUCUUCCCUCUGAUAUUCCUACUCAUCGCUGCUAAUUCCUACCUUCAAUAUAGCAUUCGUAACGACACCUUCUGGAAAAAUGACUUCCCAGCAGAAACCCGUCAGAUUAUUGACCAGAACUUAGUGAUGUAUACCUCACUAUGGGAUUUGGAAGCCAGGAAGGAUAAGUGCAUAGAGACGGAUAUAGAGACACCGUUUCCGAAAGGUCAUCUCAAAGGGUACUGUAGAUAUCCGCGAGGCCAUGGAAACUUCUCAAUUAUGAUGCUCGGCAAUAGUUACGUAUUGAAUCUGGAAGAGCACAUGCGAGCUCAUUUCAACUAUAACUAUUCGGAUUAUCGGUACAUGUCGGUUAUAGCUAGCUACGGUUUGUACUCAGAUCAUACUCUACUUUCACAACAAGCAUUGGAGUUUUCAAAGCAGCAGGUGGAGAAUCAUAAGCCGGAUGUUUUGUUCAUAGUUGCUAGGUACAUGGAAAACAUCAAAGACCCUAUCCAAGUCAACGAUCCACUCACCCAACAAAUCAACGAGACUAUUGCAUUUUAUGAAAAAUUUGUCAAAAAACUGUACAUCCUUGACGCCCAUCCAAAAUAUCAUGAAAACUUUCUCAACCUAUUUUUACACUAUGCAGUAACUAGGCCUGAUGAUAUGGAGGUUCUUCACCUAGACAAAAAACAAGCGGACGAUGAAAUGAGACCGGUGAAAAGGAGGUUUUCAAAAAUUAAGUGUAAUAAGUGUCAAUUUUUCGACUUGAGCCGUGUAUUCUUGCUAGGUGAUAAGUACCUAACCUAUGAUAAGGAUACCAUGCUAUCAUAUGUUGACAACUCGGUUCAUCUUACUGGUCCAGGAGUCAAAAAAUGCGAGCCAGUCUUCCAGAAAGUGGCAAGAGAGAUAAUGGAUAGUAUAUGA